AUGGGGGAUUGGAAUUUGCUCGGGAGCAUUUUAGAGGAGGUCCACAUUCACUCCACUAUUGUGGGGAAGAUUUGGCUCACCAUCCUCUUCAUUUUCCGCAUGCUUGUGCUUGGUGUUGCGGCUGAAGACGUUUGGGAUGAUGAACAGAGUGAGUUUGUUUGCAACACAGAACAACCUGGGUGCAAAAAUGUUUGCUAUGACCAGGCUUUCCCCAUCUCCCUGAUUCGCUACUGGGUUCUUCAGAUCAUAUUUGUGUCUUCUCCAUCCUUGGUCUACAUGGGGCAUGCGUUGUACCGUUUGAGAACCCUUGAUAAAGAGAGACACAGAAAAAAAGCCUGCCUGAAAGCUGAGUUGGAGGGGACAGACCCCGUACAGGACCACAAGCGAAUAGAGCGAGAGCUCAGGAAACUAGAGGAACAGAAGAAGGUACGGAAAGCUCCCCUUCAAGGCUCCCUGUUGAGAACAUACGUUUUCCAUAUCUUGACCAGAUCUGUAGUGGAAGUGGGUUUCAUUAUAGGUCAAUGUGCUCUCUAUGGCAUUGGACUGUCUCCUCUGUACCGAUGUGAGAGGUUGCCUUGCCCCAACAGUGUGGACUGUUUUGUGUCACGACCAACGGAGAAAAAUCUUUUCAUGGUUUUCAUGCUGGUUAUAUCGGGAGUCUCUUUAUUCCUCAAUCUUCUUGAGAUCUUCCAUUUAGGGGUGAAAAAGAUCAAACAAAGUUUGUACGGUUACAAAUAUGGAGACAAUGACAGUGCAUGCAGGUCCAAGAAAAACUCUAUGGCGCAGCAGCAGGUUUGCAUACUACCAAAUUCUUCCCCACAGAAGUUGCAACAUACACAAAUAACCUGCUCGUUUCUGUCCAAUCGUGAUGAAGAUACACAGGACUUGACCGCCAUACCACCUCAUACUCAGGAGCCGAACAUCCCAAACCACCUGCCAGCACAAGCUUACCAGCCAAGCCAAGCUGACAUCAAGAGUCUGCAGCAGCUUCGAGCCGUGGACAGGCGAAAUACUCUGGACAUGGGGAGGCAGUCAUCUUGCAGUGACAACUCCGAUGCACCUCAUAACCCCGGCAUGUUGCAGUACACAGAACCUCGACCUACAUUAAUGUCCAGCCACAUUAAUAUCCCUGCAGUCCUAAACUUUUCACAAAGAAAGCAGAGCAGAGUGAGUAUAUAUAAAGAAUUUAGUGAUGCAAGUGAUUCUCUUGGGAGUGACCUCUUCCCAACAACCAGGAAGAGCAGCUUCAUGUCCCGGGGAAUGUCUGAUGGAAGGCAGGGGACUCCAUCUCCCAGCCUAGAUUCUAUAAAUGUUACAAAUACUGAAGCUCAGCACUUCAACGGGGAAGAGAGUCCCGUAGAGACUCCACCGCUUCCAGGCAGUGGGAGGAGGAUGUCUAUGAACAUGAUUCUGGAGCUGUCUUCAAUCAUGAAGAAGUAAAUACGGACCUCAGAUGUGUCAUGUGGGAGCUGACUCAGCAGGUCUAACCCUGCCCUGUGUCUUCUUGUUGUAUGUCUUGGUAUUACUCACACUGUUAUAUUCAUGUGACAUGUUGCCAAACAUUGUACUCAGGGGUAACAUUACUUUAGUGCAGUUCUUCUUAGACAAUGGGGAGUUGGGGAAUUGCGUGUGACCCCAGGAAACAUGUUUUAUUAGUUCCAUGCUUCAAACCCGCUCGAAAAGCAUGUGCACUACAAAAUGUGCUAAUUGUAGCCAUUAUUCCUGACUUCUAAAUGUAUUUAUUUAAAAAAAAAAAAUCCGUAUACAUUGUUUUAUUAAUUUUUUUUGUAAAUAUUGUGCUACUGAGUUAAUGUUACUGAUCAAUUUGCAUUUAUUGUAAAUUAAGUUUAAUUUCAGGUUUCAGUAUCAAAUGGUUCGAGUUGGUCAAAAGUGAUUAUAGUUUGAAUAAGGGUUUCAAUUUAUUUUUUAUUUCUGCCAAAUGGUGCACUUUAAAUAUUUUCUGUUGCCGUUGAUAAAAAUAAUAUUUCUUGUAAGUUGAUCUAUAUUAAUUUAUGUAUUUUCUUUAAUGUUACUAAGGAUACAAUGUAAUGCAGAGGUGUACUCAUAACAAUUUAUACACAAAUGAUAUCAUUCAUAGUCACGAUGGAGAUUGGGGGCGCAAAAUGUUUUCUUCUACCGAGAGGGAGUGAAACAGAAAAUAAAUGAGAAGCACUGUUUUAUAGUAAUAUGACUCAAGUAAAACUAUGAAGUAGUCAUCCAAAUAAUUACUUGAAUAAGUGCAAUAAAACUACUCAAGUACUGAGUAACUUUUGAUUUACUGUAUUUAGUAGCUAUUUUUAAUGGUGUCUGUGCGUGGGUGAGAGAGAGACCUAACUACAUGUACUACAAAAGAUGCACAUUUUACAGUCACUCAUGAUGUUAACAGGACUAAUGUUAGCAUCUGCUUAACUACAACAUAAAAAAAACAUCUACAACUUACCAA